GCAUGCGCGGUGGUGAAGGGGCGUCGGGCCCGCUUCCCAUAGUUGCCUUCCGAGGCGGCCGCGGCGGCGGGAUGGAGUAGUCACGCUGCGGGAGGAGUGGGCUCAAGUCAGCGGACGGGCUCAGGCGCCGCGGCCGCAAGCUGAGGGGGUGUCGCCGCCCGCCGCGGAUCCUGGGCGCUGCCAUGGAGGUCCGUGGGGUGCUGGACGAGUUCACGGCGCCCGCCGAGAAGGCGGAGCUGCUGGAGCGGAGCCGCGGCCGCAUCGAGGGCCUGUUUGGCGUGGGCCUGGCCGUGCUUGGCGCGCUGGGCGCCGAGGAGCCGCUGCCCGCGCGCAUCUGGCUGCAGCUGCGUGGGGCACAGGAAGUAGAACAUAGUUCCAGGGAGUACAUCAAAGGCAUCUGUGAACCUGAACUGGAGGAAAGAGAGUGUUACCCCAAGGCCAUGCACUGCAUUUUUGUUGGGGCUCAGAGUCUGUUUCUGAACAGCUUGAUCCAGGAUACUUGUGCGGACCUCUGUGUCCUGGACAUCGGCCUUCUCAGCAUCAGAGGAAGUGCAGAGGCUGUGGUCAUGGCCAGGAGCCACAUUCAGCAGUUUGUGAAGCUCUUUGAGAACAAUGAGAAUCUGCCCAGCAGUCAGAAAGACUCAGAAGUAAAAAGAGAAUUCAAACAAUUUGUUGAAGCUCGCGCAGACAAUUACACAAUGGAUUUAUUGAUUUUGCCCACUUCCUUGAAAAAGGAGCUUUUGAGUCUCACCCAAGGUGAGGAGAAUGUGUUUGAAACCAGAGGCGGGGAGGUUAUUGAAAUUGGAGAUGCCCGGCAAACAGAAUUUGCACAGAAUGCUGCUGCAGGACUAAGUAAUUCUACAGAUGAAACUGUUGUGCAGGAAGAUGCCAGAAAUAAAGCCCAGACUCCUGUUUCGGAGCUUACAGAACAAAUGGACACGGUCUUUUCUAGUCCACCAGACAUACUUUUUGUGCAGCCGGUAAAUGGCCUAAACCCCAGUGAAGAGGCCCUUUCCAAAGAGAGAGUUUGUUACAAAAGGAGAUUUUCUGAUUCAGAGGAAAGGCACACCAAGAAGCAGUUUUCUUUAGAAAAUGUUCAAGAGGAAGAGCUCUUACAUGAUGGCAAGCCAUCAGCUGGAAACGUAAUUAUUGACCUCUCUGACUCUUCUGUUGACUCUGAAAACCCAAGUCUGGAUGUGAAAGACACAACAGAGGAGAUGGAAUACAAUAUCCUUGUAAACUUUUUUAAAACCAUGGGCUAUUCUCAAGAAAUUGUCCAAAAGGUCAUUAGGGAGUAUGGGCCUUCUACUGAACCUUUAUUGCUCUUGGAAGAAAUUGAAAAAGAAAAUAAACGGUUUCAAGAAGACAGAGAAUUUUCACCUGGUACUGUGUAUCCAGACACCUCUAAAACCAAAAGUAAAGGUAUUUGUGGCAGCACAAAUGAGCUUACAGCAGAUUCCACUCCAAAGAAGACACAGGCUCAUACACAGCAAAAUACAGUAGAAAAGUUUUCUCGGUUACCAUUCAAAGUAGAAGCUAAACCAUGUACCUCAAACUGCAAAAAUAGUACUUUCAGAACAGUACCAACAGAACAGAAACAUGAACCCCAGGGUCUACACCACAGCUAUGUGUGUAAUACGGACCUUGAAAGUGAUGGCCUUUCACCCUUUGUUGCCCCACCAAGUUCCAAAGAUGUCAAUUUUGUUUCAAGGGGAGCUUCAAAUCACCAGCCUAGAAUUCCAGUUUUUCAUGAAAAUGGUUUACAACAGCAAACAGAAGCCUUGGUUCCAAAUAAUAUGAAAGCUUCCUGUGAAAAACCUGUGGGGUGUUGUGGCUCUCCUCAGUUUAAGCCAAAUUAUUCACCCCAUUCACCAACGAUGCUGCCUCUGCUAUUACCUUCAGUUAGUGAGGCAAGGUUGACAGGACCUUCCGAUAACAUGGAUUCCUCAGUUACGGGGGUUCAAAGGUUUCGAGAUACUCUGAAAGUGCCCUACAAGCUGGAAUUAAAAAAUGAGCCAGGAAGAACAGAUUUGAAGCAUAUUGUUAUAGAUGGGAGCAAUGUUGCCAUCACCCAUGGUCUGAAAAAGUUCUUUUCUUGUCGUGGAAUUGCAAUUGCAGUUGAGUAUUUUUGGAAGCUUGGCAACAGAAACAUCACUGUAUUUGUCCCUCAGUGGAGAACAAGACGGGACCCCAAUGUCACAGAACAGCACUUCUUAACCCAGCUCCAGGAGCUUGGAAUAUUAUCUCUAACUCCUGCCCGGAUGGUCUUUGGAGAAAGAAUUGCAUCUCAUGAUGACAGGUUUUUGCUACAUUUAGCGGACAAAACUGGUGGCAUAAUUGUAACAAAUGAUAACUUCAGAGAAUUUGUGACUGAGUCAGUCUCUUGGCGAGAAAUUAUUACAAAAAGAUUGCUGCAGUACACCUUUGUGGGGGACAUAUUUAUGGUUCCUGAUGACCCUCUGGGAAGAAGUGGACCUCGAUUAGAAGAGUUUCUUCAGAAGGAGGUCUCUCUGAGAGACAUGCAGCCCUUGCUCAGCGCCCUGCCAAAGGUGGGCAUGUUUGACCCCGGACUCAGGGUCCCUGGCACCCAGCCAGCCAGCGCUAGCCACCAACCUCUGGCCCGGACCCAGGGAACAAGCCCAGGCCCCUGGCUUCUUCCACAGCCCCGCCUCCCACUGCUGGCCAGCCUGCCCCUACCUUCCCAGAGGUCCCCCGCGGAAACCAGCGAGCUGAGGGAGGCCCUUCUGAAGAUCUUCCCUGACUCUGAGCAGAGGCUGAAAAUUGACCAGAUCCUGAUGGCCCACCCGUACAUGAAAGACCUGAAUGCACUCUCUGCUAUGGUGUUGGACUGAGGCUGCUGAGCUCAGGCCGCUGAUGACAGUGGUGAGGCUGCACAUGCCAGGAAGCCCCUGAGGAAGACAGCUCUGUAUCGAGAAAAGAAAAAAGGUGUGUAUGAGAACAACCCUGGAUUUCCAAAACCAGCUUUUUUCUAUAUAUAAAUUAUGCUGCUAUUAUAGGUUUAACAUUUUCUGUAAGAGAAAAGUAUACGUUUUCUGCUUAUUCAAAACUGUUUAAUAGCAGUUACUCUUUAGUGUAUUUACAUUUUUAUGUUUUUAAAUACUAUUUUCCUUAAAGUGGAUAUUGACAAAUGGAUAUGGUUAGCCUUUCUAAAUAAAAGAGUUGCUUUCAUAAGGAAAGCAGUAGCUCUUAAAGUAUAUUUUCUUGAGGUGAGUAUGUCCUGUCCACUUACAUGAAAUGUGCUCCCUGCCCACCUCCCCUGGAUUGGGGUUGGUUUGCCUCUGGGGCUUCUCUUUUUGGAGCCUUUUGUGAGAGUGGACAAAUGGUGCCACUAGGUGGCACUUUGUGCCUAGCCAUUGUUCAUGACCAGGGCCAAGUUAGACUAUCAGGGCCAGCCAUCUCCCAGUGGUCUUGCCCUCCUUGCCCUUCCACCCCACAGGAGAGGAGCUGAGGCCAGCACACCCCUGCCCAGGUAUGUUCAGGGCUGCAACAGGCGCAGCCAGGCCUUUUGGAACUCCUUAACUAGUGCUGCAACCCUCACAGGUUGAGGCCUCCCCAAGCCCGACUCCAGAAAAGACCGCAGCAUGGUGAGGAGUUUAGUGCAGAGCCCAACCAUGGGGAAGUGCUCCAACAUGGAGUUUGUACAGCUUUGCCAAAAAGUUUUCUACUCUUAAGAUGACCCAAGCCAAUAAAUAGCAUUAGCAGCUUCCAUGGGGGCCCCAGAGCCCUCUAUUUUCUGGUAUUUGUCCCUUCAGUGUUGUAAACAUCUCUCCCUGAGUCUUUUCUGAGUACUAAUUCUGUUAAUAGUGUUUGGUUUUGGUGUUGCUCAAGUUCUGUCAGUGAGUUUGUUCCCUGCUCAUUCCUGACAUCUGUACUCUCGUCUGGGCUUUCAAAGGGCUUUGUGUUCCACACCUGUCUUCUUCCUGGGCUGCUCACAGUGAUUUGGUGUCUGCCCUGUGGAUGGUGUCUCCUGCACCUAGGAGUAGUGGCUGUAGACUUGGUGCUUGUCUGUCCUUCAUGGUGUGGGGCCUGGGUGGCAUUCCAGAGUGUGCUUGGCUGUGUCCUGUUGGCUCUUUUGGCCCCUGCGGCCCUAGGAAGAUGAAUCUGAGCCCCCUGUGUGGGCAGACUUGUGUUUCUAUCAUGUUUUCUCCAGGUGCCUCGGUAUAAAGUAGAAGCGGUUAUCAUUAUUACUUCAGGCCAGCUUGCCAUUAUGGCUGGCUGUGAGAGUCGAGGCAGAGGUUUGAGGCAUGCCAGGAAAGUGAGUUGGGUCAUAGCCCCCUGUCCUGUGGUGUGUCUGACCACCUUGCCCAGGCUUCAGCUUAGGAGACAGACUGCUAGCUUCCCAGGCUGUACCUACUCCAGUACCAACAAGAGCCGACCUGGCUGAGGGUUCCCUGGUGUCCCGGGCUCUGGAAGUAGUUUGAACUUGACCUGAGUCCUGGGAGCUUUGUAUUCUUAGUAUUAUUUCUGAGAUCUGCCUGUUCACCUCUUUUUGGACAUGUGAGCAAAGAAGAGUAAGUGGGAAGAAUACAGAGGACCAUUAAUUAUUUUGUAAGUUAUAGUGUGAGGCUUAACUCACAAUUCUGAAAUCUAUCAUGUUUACUUUAAUGUUUAAAAAUGCAGCUAUCAAAGAUGAGCUGUCCUCAGCUGCCCCUUCCUCGCCUUGCUGCUGCUGGUGGGUGUGGGAGAUGGUCCUGCCUCCAUCCCCUGCCACUCUGUGUAGUGUGUGCUGUUUCCAUGCAGCAUGGCCACCCUGUGCUGCACAGCAUUUGGCAUUUGUGUGAGGGGGCUGUGGGAUGGGGCAUGGGUUGCCACCUCUGGGAGUGCCAAGGACCUGUUCGGGCUAUCAGGGAGCCUAUGUUGGAGACCCCUGGGCUGCCAAGCAGGAGAGAGAGCAGCAGGCUUUGCAGCCCUUCUGGGCAAUAGUUGGCCCAGUUGGGAAGUCUUGCUAUGUCACUAGGGAUGGGGUCAGAAUUGUGGGCUUGCUGUGUACAAGGAGACCACAGCUGCCCUGUCUUGACCUCUCAUCAGUGCUUCCUGUCCUCACCUGUCCUCCUUCUGGGGUCCCUGAGCCCCUCUCUUUACAUCUCCUAAUUGUAAUUUAUUUAUUUAAUUGUAACUGCUCACCUCUAUUUCUGCAUGAUCUACCUCUCCAUUACCUUUCACACACACACACACACACACACACACACACACACACACACACACACACCCUUCUGAUUUUCUUUUUAACAGUA